AGUGCAAUUCAUGUUCCUGAAAUUUGAUGAACUAAAUGUUUGGUCUUCACCUCCAGUUUCAGGCUCACUGGUGUUGAUCACAGAAUUCUGAGAAUGCUGAUCUUCAGUUGGGAAUUCUGGGAUUUGCGCUGGGUCUGUGUCUCCAUUGGUGGGUUUUCGACCAUUGUUCUCGUACCUAUAUAGUGAAGCGCUGUCAACCAAUGUUUUCAAGACAACAUUCGCCCAUGUGUGUGCCGAUUUCAUUCUUUUGAUCUUAGUGACUCUUGCAUGUCCUGCAUGCGAUUGAUGGUAAGCCAUUUAACAUGGAUAUUUUUAUAUACGAAAAAGUAUUUAUCACUAAAGAUAGAGAAAGGGUACUCACCGAAGCCAAGAAUAAGAAGCAGUGUCAUUAACACGAGCUUGAAAAAAUCGAUUAUUGUUGCAUAAUUUGGUGGGAAAACUUCUUUGAGAUUUACUCUUCUUCCAAACCCAGCACCUGAAAAUUAUCUCCAAGGAAAUAAAGUCAUGGUUGAUUAACAAGUUCGUUUGUGCCUGACAGUGGCUCUCACUAAAAUUAUAUGUUUUUACCUUGAAUUGUUUCCUUUCUGAAGCUUUCAGGAUCAUCGACGUUGCUUUCCUGGCUCACACAUUUAUGGAUUGGACGAACAAGACAGGAGACUGCAACAGCAUAUUAAUCAUGAUAAAGAUUUUUCUAAAUCAUUUUGUCUUUGUUAAGUUAACAUGGAAGUUUUUGAGUUGAGUCUGGGGAUAAGAUCAAACUCACUUGAUAGCUUCUUCAUCCAAUGGAAGAAGGUCAUGCAUGUUUCAUAAUUUUCUGGGUAAUUAUGACCCCUGCCUAUAUCUAUCAAUCCUGAUGAACCGCUUGUUUGGUCUAGGUCAUCAAUAUUCGCGCCUGGAAUGAGAAAUUAGCCUAGUUUAAGCCAGUGUCAUUUGCCUUUCAUUAACUAGUAAUGCAAGUGGGCAUGGAACAUUCAAAAUUCUCACAGGAGUAGAUGAUACGAUCAAACAGGCUAAAGUGAGAACUGCUUCUAAAUGCACUGGGCUUUACAGCAAGAAUAUGUAGAGGAGAAGCUCCAUCUUCCCUUCUUGUGUUCACAAGUGUUCACCGGAGAUGGCAGCAUGAAGAAUGGUGUCACCUUUGCAAGACCUUCUGUGACAAAUCUCGUCCGCUUUCUCCUCGUCAAGUCUGUCCAGGAGAAGGAAGAAAUUCCAUGUCUUGCCAGACAUGGCUGCCAGGAAAAGAGGGGUUUCACCUUCUCCGUUGCUGGUCCCGAUGACCUCAGCGGGAGCCUUGUAAGCCACGCAUCCACACAUGUCAGCGUCGCCAACUGCUGCUGCCAGGUGGAUAGCCGUGGAUCCCCUCACAUUCUGCAACAUCAGAACUGCUGCAGCGUGUUCGUCGUGUAUCUGCUUCACUAGCUGCCUCACGAUCUCGGUUUGCCCGUUCAAAACGGCAAUGUGCAAGGCUGUGUCUUCUGAUGUGGUGAUCCUGGACUUCUGGGUUUCAGGAUCUGCAUAUGCUGUCACCACUCUCUCCCACCUGCCCUGCAUUACGUCAUCAAACAAGGUAUUUUCCUGCCCCAUGGUUUGUUGGAAUGCUUAAUUACUUUGAGCAGUGUAGUUAGUGCGGGCUUAUAUAAUCUCAGCUGCUGCAUCAGGAAACCAUUCCCACAUUCUCUUGUUGCGUUUGAUUAUGUUAGAAUGAACGUGGUAGGCUUUUGAGCUCAACAUCGUUUAUAUUUUUGGUUCUUUACUUGCCUGGAUCUUCUUGGUAUUUGUUUCUCUAUGUUUACACGAAAAAGAACUCACAGAGAGUCUUUGUUCAGAGUCUGAAUUGAUGUGCUGUCUUGCGAUGAAACUGGUGCUUUGUCGGAGACGAUGAAGGACCAGUGAAGGUGACUUGUUACCUUUUCCCUUUCCAACUUAGGUGGGCAAAGUAUAAUCAGCCACAUUAGUGCGUUUCAGAUUACCGCAAUCAGAUUAUUCAGGUUUGUGCUUAGCCAGUGACCUUGUGCCGGUUUCUUGUUAUGGAUUUCAUUCCUUUGAUUUUUCAAUUUUCUAAUGUCUAAUGCUCUUUCCAACUUCUUUAAAUAUAUUAAAAGGGUUUUAUAAAAUGACCCCCUCCACGUCAGCCAUGGAGCUUCCUCCGCAACUUUCGGUUUUUUCCGUUUUUCUUAUUUUUUUUAUUCUUUUUUUAUGGCGGUAGUUACCAUGUUUUGUGGAAUUUUUUCUUUCCGUGUAGUUUUUUUUGGUUAUUUAGUUUUCUUCCAUAGUUUGAUAGUUAAUUAUUUUAUACUCCUGCGGUAAUUCAGGUUUGGGUAGAAUUAAGAAAUUUUUCCUCUUUCACCUAGAAAACUCUUCUACAUUUUUAAGGGUUAUAGGUAUAAUAUGCCCAUCUACUACGAAGCUUUAUCAAACAUGGCCCUCUAUUAUUUUUUACAUCAAAUAUGUUCCUGUAUUUUGAAAAAAAAAUAUCAAACAUGCCCUUUUGUUAAAAUUUCCAUUGAAAAAAUCGUCAAUCAUGGUUGAACAGAGAUUUAGACGACCCGACAUUGGCAAAUGAGAGGAAAAAUGUCAGUUUUGUCCCCUGAUUUAUUUCCCUGGGUCUUUUCAAAGUGAAAUUAAUUGAAUGAUUUGAUUAUACAAAAGAACCAAAAAAAUUCUAAAGUGAAUUUAUUAGGGAUAUUUUAGUCAUUUGUGUCGCCCAAACUAAAGUUCAGCCUUUGUUAACGGUUUUUAGAUGAAAAUUUUAACAAAAGGGCAUGUUUGAUCAUUUUUACAAAGUACAGGGGCAUAUUUGAUGUAAAAAAUAGUAGAGAGGCAUGUUUGAUAAAACAUCAUAAUAAAUGGGCAUAUUAUACCUAUAACUUUUUUUAACAAUGUUUAAGAAAUUCUAGAAUGUCGGUUGGAUCGAAAAUACUGGAUAUUGGAUCCAAAUUGGUAGGUAAUUUUAACGGUAGGAAACGGCUGAGCUAUAACUCAACACGUUUUCAGUACAAAAUACUUUACGCUAAACUUUUUCAAUAUAACCUUUCAUACAUUCCGUUUUACUCUAAACAAAAGCUCUUUAUUAUAAUUUUGAAAGCUAUGCCAACUAUCUUAAUGUGAGAAAAUAUGUAUAUAGUGAUAUGACUAUGCAAAAUAUUGUAAUAUAAUCUUCCAAAUACAACAUAUAUCCAAUAGAAUUGAAAUUUUAAAAAUUAAGAUUAUUUUGAUGUCCACUCAUAAAACGAUUAGAUUAUAAGCACAAGCUAAACUUAUAAAGUUUAAGAAUGUUG